UCUAAUAAGGGAGGUCCUAAGAAAAAUCACGUUUUCACUUUUCGUCGGAAUUCUGACCAAAGUUUUUUAGUUCUUCGUCCAACUUCCCCGUAGGUGACGACCAAACAGACAAGAUGAAGCGUCGCUUGAGAGACUAUUACUUCAUUUGUUUUUUAACGACAAGUUUGAUCUUGAUUUCGUUGCAUCACUUCAACAACAGCAGUGCAGACAACACGAUCAGCAUUUGCAAAACAAUUUCAGCACAGAGCGACGCUACUAAACGACAUCAGGAUUGUAUUCCGGACUACGACGAAGUCGACCAGGAACUGAUGGCCACUUACCCGUGGAUUGACGAUCCCACCUGCCGACAUUUCGCCGUUCAGUUUGCGAAGAAUAAAACCCGACCGAAAUGGGCUUUAACUUCUUUCCCCGGAAGUGGAGUCACUUGGACCCGGCAGUUGAUUGAGGGAGUAACGGGAAUUUAUACCGGGACCGUCUACGGCAAAGCAGAAUCCCCGAUCGUCACAACCGGUCACCACGGGAAUGAGGCUGACCUGAAUUGCGAAUGCACCAUUCUCAUCAAGGAUCACGACGUUGAUCUGCCUGAUUUCGCCUCCUUCCCAACUAUAAGGAACAAUCUCGUGAAGGACAACCAAACCAGGAAAGACAGUAAGAAACGAGGUCCCAUCAGGAGUUUCCUCUACGACAACCGCGGGAUUCUUUUACUUCGCAAUCCCAUGGACGCGUUAUUCACCUUCGCCCAUUUUCUGGGAUCGUCUGGCAAUCACACGGGCGUGGUGUCAUCCAGCGAUUUCGUGGGGCCCCAAUUCGACAAUUACGUCGACUACGUGGCCGACACUUGGGCGGAUCACGCCGUCGGUUGGAUCCAGGACAUCCAAAACGGGACCGUCCUCUUCUACGAGCGGCUCCUCCUGGAAGACACUGCGGCCGAAUUGAAACGAUUGCUGAGUGUCAUCCGCUUCAACGAUCCUCACCAUCAGCCCGUCGAUCCGGAGCGGAUGCGCUGCACUCUGUUGCACAAGGAUCGAGCGGAUCGCAAGCGCACCGCAAAACCAGUGAUACCGUUGACGCCCAGUCAGCGGUCCAAGUUGAUGUCCGCCAUCGAACGAGUUCAGGAGAGUCUACACAAGAAAGGCUGGCCGUUACUUCCAGUUUACCUCUACGAUCUACGACACAAGGAGAAUCCUGGCGUCUAAUAAUAACGUGAUUUCGAUCAACUUUUCCUGCCGCAGCCGGUUUUAUUUGAAUAUCAAUUUACAUGUUUGUCAGAAAAGGCCUGAGCCCGCAAUGAUAUGAUACCAAAUCAAAAUAAAUUUUUGUUUUACUGAAGUGACAGAAGAAAGUCGUUAGACUAGCACGCAGAUGUUAGCGAUUCAAAAGAUAAAAGUUAAAGGACAAAUAACGAGUUGAGCCUCUUCUAUUAACCUUUGCCUUA